AUGGGCCUCAUUGGUAAUAGAUUUGAGCGUGUGUUCAUUGCAUACGGUGCAUGUGUUGAGGGUUUUUUGAACGGUGCAAGGCCUAUAUUAUAUGUUGAUGGUACUCAUUUAAGUGGUCCAUAUAAGGGGACGUUACUGUCAGCUUCGGCAUAUGAUGCGGAUAAUGAGAUGUUGCCGUUUGCAAUAGCAGUGGUGAAGGGAGAGAAUCUUGAUGACUGGACGUGGUUUUUUCACAAGAUUAAACAAAAACAAGUUGGUUCAAUGCAACUGACUAUUGUGUCAGAUAGACAUAAUUCUAUAAUUGGUGCUGUGCAAGCAAUAUUUGGGGGUGAAAGGCAUGCAUACUGUUAUAGGCAUGUGAAGGAGAACUUUAGCUCUGAAUAUAUGAAAUUAAACAGAGGUCGGAGAAGGACAAGUGAAAAUUCAAAGGAAGAUGCAUUAAAGGUACUGGAUAAAGUGGCUUAUGCAAGACUUGCGGAUGAGUUUGAUCAUGCGCUGGAUGAUCUCAGAACCAUGUCUCAUGAGUUAUAUGAGUGGGUUAUCAAUCAAGGUGAUGUGGAUAGGUGGGCAUUGAGCAAGUUCCCAUAUAGAAGGUGGGACAACAUAACAACUAAUUUAGCUGAAUCUUUUAAUGCUUGGAUGGUAAGGGAGAGGAAGCAUAACGUGGCCCAAAUGAUCCAUGAGCACCGGGAGAAAGUAGCAAGAAAGAUGCAUGCAUCAUAUGCAGCAAUGACUAAGUGGAGUAAUUGCGUUGGGCCAAAAAUAGAGGCAAAAGUAUUGGAGCAUGUGUAUUUCGGUAGGUACAUGCACUGUGAGAAUUAUGGAGGGGGAAGAAUAUGCGUGCACACAUCAUGUGGAGACCAAAGAGUGGACCUUGGCCUACACAAAUGUAGCUGUGGAACUUGGCAAAUGUUAGGGAUUCCAUGCUCACAUGCUUGUGCAGCCAUUAAGACCAUAGGGGGAAACGUUUAUGAUUAUGUUGAAGAGUGUUACAAACGUUCAUCCCAAGAAAAAAAUCUAUGCCCGGAGCAUGGUUCCAGUGGUGACAAUUGA